CCUGUGAUGAGCUCACAACUAAGGUUCUGAUUGGUCAACAGCUGGAAAUCAGGUAGUAGAAACGAGCAAGACGAGCUUGUCGUAGACCUCACAGAUACUUUCCCUUCAUUCGUCGGUGUGUUUCUUCUCCAUAUAGUAGUAUAUCGUCCAUCAUGGAGCCACCUCUGUUUCCCCGUGAGUCGGGGCAGUUCAUAGCAGAGCGGAGUCGAGAUGUGUUUGUGGAGGAGGAAGGAGUGCAGAAGGUGGCCGAGAUGCUCUACAACCUCCGACACAGUGACGAUCUGACCGCCAGUGCCUGGAAGAAGGCAAAUCCAUUGGCUCCAGCGCCCACCUCUGACCAGGCCUUAAACUGGGUGUUUGUGGUAGACACCAUGAACUUCUCCUUUUGGCCAGAUGAAGAAACUCAGCAGUGUGAGGUGACCUAUAGAGGAACCACGCACACAGGCUACAUGACCCUUUGUGCGGCUGUCACCAGGGCCAUAGAGGAAGGUAUACCCAUCACUGAUCCGAAGUACUUCUCUCAGAUGAGUGUGGAGGAGUUGGGACACGUCCUUCGAUCAGACAAUGAAACACCCAUGCCCAUGCUGCAGGAGCGUCACCAGGUGCUGACUGAAGGCGGCCGCGUGCUGCUGGAACACGGCGGAAGCUUCCGGAGUUUUAUCAGCCGAGCUGGGAAUGACGCCCGGAAGAUGGUGGAACUCGUCGUGGAGAAGAUCCCUUCCUACAGGGACGAAGCUACACACGAGGGCAAGAGGAUCUCAUUCUACAAGCGAGCGCAGAUCCUGGUGGCCGAUUUUUGGGGCGUCAUGGAGGCCAGAGGAGAGGGGGACAUCAUUGACAUGGACUGGCUCACCAUGUUUGCAGACUACAGAGUCCCCCAGGCUCUCGUCUACCUCGGAGCGCUACGAUACUCUGACGCACUGAUGCAGGCGCUGAACAACGGCGAGCUGCUGAGUUCAGGGGACAGGAGAGAGGUCGAGAUCCGAGGUUGUUCGAUUUGGUCUGUGGAGCUGAUCAAAGACCGCCUUUGCAAGCUGGUGCAGGAGAGAGACGGACAGACCUGCACCGUCAACUCGGCAGUCAUCGACUUCUACCUGUGGCCUUAUGCCAAGCAGCACCACAAAGAGAUGGCCCACAUUCCCAUACACCACACACGCUGUAUUUACUACUGACGAGCUGGCUGGAAGCAUUACAUACAGUAGGCUGCACUUCUCAGUGUGCAGCCUUGGCAUCGGUGCCUUUCCCUGGGAGAAAGCCAAUCGUGUCUCUGUGCCAGAUAUAUGUACAAAUGAGCUUCUCUGUAGCUGUAAUGGAAACAGGUGUCAAGCUUGUUGGUCUAUGUGGGUAGUAGCACCGUUAUCCAUUCGCAGUCAAUUAAAAUGUUUACUGUUGUUGACAUGGAACAUUUUCAAACAAACAUCUCGCUGUAAUGAAGAGCAGGUGAUCAUAUGCUGUAUGUGACCAUUCAAUGAUUGAAUGAUGUGGACAUACACAUUAACAACAAUGAAAAUAAAAUAUUUUGAAUAGA